GGGGUUUCUGAGGCAGAGGGAAGAAGGGACCCAGCGGGGAAGGAGGGAAGUAAGAGGCUGCUUCAGCGCCUCAGAAGGGGAGGCCGAGGCAGAUCGCUUCCCCUUCUUCGGCGUCUCUUUUAGGGGCUCCUCGGCCUCUCUUCCUUCGUCACCAUGAUCAAAGCCAUCCUCAUCUUCAACAACCACGGCAAGCCGCGCCUCUCCAAAUUCUACCAGCGCUACAGUGAAGAUACACAGCAACAAAUUAUCAGAGAAACAUUUCAUUUAGUGUCAAAACGGGAUGAAAAUGUUUGUAACUUCCUAGAAGGAGGGUUAUUAAUAGGUGGCUCCGAUAACAAAUUGAUAUAUCGACACUAUGCUACAUUGUAUUUUGUCUUCUGUGUUGAUUCUUCAGAAAGUGAACUUGGCAUUUUAGAUUUAAUACAAGUAUUUGUAGAGACAUUAGACAAGUGUUUUGAGAACGUCUGUGAACUGGAUUUAAUUUUCCAUGUAGACAAGGUUCAUAAUAUUCUGGCUGAAAUGGUGAUGGGUGGAAUGGUUUUGGAGACUAAUAUGAAUGAAAUUGUCACCCAAAUUGAUGCUCAGAAUAAACUGGAAAAAUCUGAGGCUGGUUUAGCAGGAGCCCCAGCCCGGGCAGUUUCAGCUGUAAAGAAUAUGAACCUUCCAGAGAUCCCAAGAAAUAUUAAUAUUGGUGACAUCAGUAUAAAAGUGCCAAACCUACCCUCUUUUAAGUAAUUUGUGCACUCCAGGUAAAAAAAAAAGAAAAAUAACUAGAAGAUGAUUGCAUAAAUGUUUACCAAACCAAUGUUUUGUCAUUUGAAUAAAAGAUGAAGGUACUGUGUAGGAAUUCUUUAAAUAAACUAUGUGUAAUUGUUUUUGUUUUGAUUAGUGAACUGAAAGAGAGUGGAUGAUCUGUGAUUUCUCAUUAACAUUCCAAUGUCCGACUAAGCAUAUCACGUCUAAAACAAUCAUGUAAUUUUCUGGAAAAUAAUUCAAAAUAUUUCUUUAGUUUGUGAAACAUGUUUUUCUUUGUAUAGAACAAGUUCUGUAAUUAAUAUAGCAGUCCUGAUCCUAUUUCUUUGGGACAUUUAAGACCCAGAUAUAUGUCAUGCAUAAAAUAUAUGUAUAUGUUGCACAAUAGCAUUCAACUGUACUUUUUCAAUAAAGAUGUAAUGAAUUAGA